AUGGCCUGGAAACCGCACGAAACUGUGGAGUUGGAACGCGUCUCUGAUGUCAGCGGCGACGAAGAGUCGAGCGGGGGUCGGGAGGACAUGUUUGGCAGUGGAGAUGGCCUGGAACCGCACGAAGCCGUGGAGCUGGGACACAUCUCUGAUGUUAGCGGCGACGAAGAGUCGAGCGGGGGUCGGGAGGACAUGUCUAGCAGUGGAGAUGGUCUGGAACCGCACGAAGCCGUGGAGCUGGAACGCGUCUCUGAUGUCAACGGCGAUGGAGAGCCGAGCGGAAACCGGGAGGGCAUGUCGGUCUCUUCUUUUGAUGGAGGUGUUGAAACACCGGAAGAACGCGUCGAAAGCCUGCCGUCGGACACGAUGCGACCAGACUGGGACGCGGCGCUGGACGGACUCCAGCGGGUCGUGGAGACGGGGGUUGGCGCGGUGAUCGCACCGCAUCUAGAGCAGCUCAACGCCAGGAUCAACGACCUCGGCGCGGACGUGCUCCGCGGGUCGGAGCUCGCCACAAACAUCACGGCAGAUAUGCGGCAUGUGUUGGACGGACAGCGGGAGCUGUCUCACUGCCACCAGCAGCUCGGCACUCUGCAGACGGGCCAGGAGGCGGUCCUGGAGCUACGGCAGGUCGUACAGCAGCUUCAGGCGGACCACAGCGCAAUGAGGACGUCUCAGGGACAGGCGAUCGAGAUUUUGCGGGCCGACCUCUCCGAGCUCCGAAACAAUCACAACGCCCUGUUGUCGAGCAUCGCGGCGCUCAGCAGCGGCCAGCGGGUUAUCCAGGAGCGGCUGACUGCGCUGGGCGCUACCACACAGCGCUGUCCAAACGGCUGGAGUCACAGAGGCGACAGAUGCUACCUGAUCCCUCCCGAGACAACCACCUGGUACCGGGCCCACCGCGCCUGCUCUCUCAUGGACCCCUCGGCCCGGCUGGUGUCCGUGCACGAGCGGAACAAGCAACACGUGACCGCGGUGGUGGCCGCCAGUGACUGUGGCUAUAUUUGGAUAGGUCUGAGUCGAACGGCCGAAAAUGGCUGGGGCUGGAGCGACGGCACGGAACUGGACCACACGAACUGGAGCCCCUCGGAACCCAACAACAGUGGCGGUGCCGAGAACUGUGUGGAGAUCUACGGGCGAAGCACCCUCACCUUGAAAUGGAAUGAUAGAUCCUGUGACGCGAAAAUCUGCUUCAUGUGCCAGAUCAACUUGUCAAAUUAG